AUGAUGAUGAAUUGCCAUUUCGAUUCAGUUCCUGGAAGUCCCGGUGCAUCAGAUGAUAUCGUCAUGUGCUGCGUGAUGAUUGAAAUUUUUAGAAUUUUCGCCAAUCAAGAAGAAAAACCAAAGAAUUCUAUGAUUUUGUUGUUUAAUGGUGCUGAAGAAGUUGGAUUGCUAGCUGCUCAUGGUUUUGUGACUCAACAUCGGUGGGCUAAAGAUAUCACUGAUUUUGAAAUAUUCAGAGAUGACGGCGAGGUUCCUGGCAUAGAUUUUGCUUAUGUCGAAGCUGGUUGGAGAUAUCAUACGCGAUACGACAGCAUUGAAUACAUAACAAUGGAGUCAGUUCAAUAUACCGCAUUAUCAGCUGUUGCUUGUUACUUGAUGGCAAUGAUUAUGAAUGCAGUUGAUAACACCAUGAGUUACUUCAACGUCACUUUUCUUUCUAUUGGAGUUUAUGGAUCAUUAGCGUUACUCGUUCAACUUGCAACUUAUCAAUUGGUUGAUUUUUUGAUUCAGUUUAUCAGGAAAAAGUUUUCGUCGGAGAAGAAAAUUUCGGAAGAUCAACGAAGACGUUUGAUGAUCCAUUUAAAUGGAAUUAAUCUAUUCUGGGCUGUGAUAACUUUAGCAAUCACAACGUUGGGAUAUCGAUUCGCUUACAUCACAAUGGUGAUGCUUUUCGUGUCAUUUUGCACCCAAAUUAUCACUUAUGGAGCUUGCAAAGUUCUUCCCAAAACAAGAUUCCACAGUUGGAUUUUCAUUCACCUGUUAGGUCACAGCUUCCUUUUCUUAUGGCUCUGCUACAUGAUGAUUCAAGUUUGGGAACUUUUCAUACCGAUCACUGGCAAAGCAUAUUAUCCAAAUCCCGACAUCACCAUUGCAUUGAUUUGUACACUUUGGACAGUUCUUUGUCUCAGUUAUUUUUUACCACUCACAACUCUCGUUCAAUAUCGAGGAAUUUUAUAUUCGAUGAUAAUCACAACUUUCUUAGUGUCGUUAAUCAUUUCGUUAACUUCAAUAGGAUUUCCAUACAGCGAUAACCGUUCAGAUCCUAAACUUCAACGAUUCAGAGUCAUUCAUUCGAAACGAACUGUUAUUGACUACAAUUCUGGUGAAGAAACUUAUUCUGACAUUGGCUAUUUGCUUUCUACGAUCGAUAGAAAUUCUUUGCGAACAUUGGAAAUGAGUUUUGAUCCAAAUGAUCUCUCAGAUUAUGAAGACGCUGAAUUAUGUGGAGAUUUGUCCUAUUGCGGUUUUCCAUUAUAUCGAUUUGGUGAUGGAAAAUAUUUGAAAGGAAAAGAACCACCAAAGCUUCAACCAACAAAGUUUGAACUUCUUAAAUUUUCUCGUAACAGUUCACACCUUGACGUAGAAUUUUCUCUUCAACUUACAACAUUGACAAUGAUUUAUGUGACCCCAGGUAAUGGAUGGAGUUUUGUGAGUGGAAACAUACCAACAGCAGAAAGAACGUGGAAUGACAAAUCAUUUCAAUACACAACUUUAUUGUAUGGAAAACGGACUAAUGAAUCAUGGAUAAGAUCAUUCACAUUGGAGAGUUCAUCUGCAGCUGAUGAAUCAAAUCCAGUUACAAUUGCUGUAUCAACAAUCGAGUCUGUAUUUGAAAAAUCUGAAGAAUUUGUUGAAGUGAUGUCAAAACUCCCUGCUUGGACGUUUGCAAUGGAACAUCAAGCAGAUGUGACCAUUUAUAAGCUGUAAACCUCGCUUUUAAAUGAAAAUAAUUUUUUAUAUUGAAACUUUUAAUAGAAUUUUAUUUGAAACAUUUUGCCUUCAUUUUGAGCAUAAAAUAUUAUUUGAUAAUAAUUACACACAGAUUGGUUGAAAGUUGUUUGAUUCUUCUGAUGUCAAUUGUGCCAUUUAUUCAGUUUGUUUUAAAAAAGCUUGAACUGAUAAAUGUCAACUGUCAUCAAAAUGUGCAACAACCCUGCUUUUACAUAUUUUUAUAAAUCUUCUGAUGACAAAUAUACUUUAAAUAAAAACAACAAGUUUUACUGACAAACAUCAAAUUUUGUCACAUUCAAUUUAAACUGCGAUAAAAUUUAUAAAAAAUGAUUAAAAAUUUUUCUAAAUUUUUUUUGUGCGGACUUAUAAAAGUGUUAAAAAAUACUUUUUUCUUUCUGAUUUCUCUCAAUUUAUGUUCAAAUCACAUUUAUCAAAGAAGGUUAAUAAAAUCAAGAA